AUCAUAUUGUGUUGACAUUUAUUCACGCAUGUACCUUAUACACUCGUGCGCUUGUAAACUUCUAUAGAAGAUAAUUUAAGGUUGUUAUCUUUUCACUAUGGUAACAGGCAGAGCCUUUGCCGCAGAGGUAUGGUAAAUCGGAAGUUGCAUCGAUAUUUGACGUUGUGAACAGUAGAGACAGUGCAGUAAUUCUAAUCGAAUUUAACAAUCUUCUCGACCUCUCACAAAUUUCGACUUGAUACGACAUGCUCCUGAUAUAAAUAAGGAGAGUCGUAAUAAAAAAAUUUGGUAGCGUACGUUUCAAAAACAGACAAUAAUGCGUAAUUAGCAUGUAAGAACAGCAAGAUGUUCAAAAAGAAGAAACGUGGGGGUGACAAGGAGAAGAAAGUACGGAAAAAGUGUUUAAACGAACGAGAAACGGUUUCUUAUGAACAACAAAUUCUAGAUAACAAUAGACAAUUGUCACGACUGCGCAGUCGAAAUGAAGAGCUCGAAACCGAGAUAAAGAAUUUGACGAAGCAGUAUGAACAGUUAACAGAGGAUCGAUCUGAUAUUGUGGCGCAUUUGAAACGGGAUUUGGAGGGAAAGAUAGAGGAGACUCGCGAGCUGCACGAACGUUUAUUGGCAAUGGAAGAACUGAGAAAGCAGGAACAAGCUGAGAACAAAAAGAAAGAAAAUGGGAUGGAACAAGAGUAUCGUACUAUGGAAAGCAAUUUGAGCGCCGAAGUAAAACUCGCAACCGGGAAGCUGAACGCACUGGAAGAUUGGAGAUUAGCUCGUUUGGAUUUAAUGCACAAGUUCGAGGUGCAAGAGGAAGAAAUAGCGAAACAAGAGGAAUUGCAUAAGACGACGCUUUACGAAACGGAGAAAUCAGUCAUUAUUGCCAAGGCUAAAAUGCAACAGGAGAUGGAAGAACGAUUGAGGAAACUCGCUCGAGAAUUCAAAGAAGCGACAAACGUCCGAGUAGCGGACGUAAUGAAUAAUGCGGUCAGAAGGAACAUAGCAUUGAAUCACGAGCUGAAUUCGAUGUUGAAGGUCUGCCAUGAUCUAGAAACGAAAAGUGCGGAAUGCAAAGAAACCGAUCGUGCGCUUAGACUGCAGUGUGAGCUGCUUGAGGGUGAGGCCAAGAUCGCGGAGAAAGAUGCGCUGAGGCACAAGCAUGCGUUACACGAACUCGUCAAGGAUCAGAUGAACACGAUGCUCGAGUACGGCCGAAUACAACGCGAGAACAGGAGGCUCGGCAAUUACGAGCAAAUGCUAGAUGAGUACAGGACGAGAUGCGUGAACUCGGAGGAGAGGGUAAAGGUCCUCGAGCACCAUUUGCAGGAAACCAAAAAGGCCCGGAAGGAAGUCGUAAUGGAAGUGCGAAAGAAGUGCGAGGAAUUCGAUAAAGUGAAUAAGAUCCUGAACGAAGCCAAACAGUGUGUCCUGGAUGUGUUAAAGCUGCAAGAGCAUGUCUGCACGAGCGAUACGUGCACUUCAUGUUGCGCCGACCAGAAACAGAAGAUCAUUUAUUCGCUCCAGAAUAUACUCGAGAAGCAUAACAUUUCCGCUGUAAUCGACGAUGAUUCACAAGUGGAGGAAACUGAGUCUGAACCUUUGGAAUAACAUUUUUUGUUUUAACUUCAGCUUCAAGAAUACAUGUAUGCAAAAGCAUGUAUGCAAAAGCAUGUAUGCAAAAUGAAGCUUUUAAAUAAUAGCUUUUAAUUAAUA